AAGGCAUCUACGUGCUCAAGGCUGUUAUUUACAAUGAGUUUCACGGAUCUGAAGUGGAGCUUGGGCCUUAUUAUGUGGAAAUCAGCCAGGAGGCUGUGUCUGUGUUCAUGAAUUCCAGCAGUGUCCACAAGGAUGAAGUUCUUGUCUUCACUGGCUCCUACAUGAAUCAGGAAAGCACUGUUGUUAUGCACCAUUUUCCAUCCAUUUCUUCGUAUAACAUGUCCUUUAUUUCUCAAACCCAAGUGGGUGACAGCCAGGCAUGGCCCAGCGUGACUGUUUGGUAUAAGAUGCAGCCUAUCUCUGUCUACACAAAUGGAACUGUGUUUGCCACAGACACAGACAUAGCAUUUGAAGCUGUUACCAAAGAAACAACACCCCUGGAGUUUGUGUGGAAUUUUGGAGAUGAUCCACCACUGAGGACCACUUCAAGAAGCAUUAAAAAAAGAUUCAGCAUCCCCCACUGGUAUCGUGUGACAGUCACGGCUUCCAACAGGAUCAGCAGUGUGGUCUCUGAGCCCCACCUCAUCAGGGUACAAAAGAAAAUCGUGGCCAACCGGCUCAUGUCCGCCUCCUCAGCUCUGGUAAACUCCAGUGUGACCUUUGAGUGCAGAAUCAACUUCGGCACUGAUGUUGCUUACCUGUGGAACUUUGGGGAUGGCACCAUCCACCUGGGGAACAGCUCCACCAUUCACGUCUACAGGAGGGAAGGAGAGUUCACAGUGGAGGUCCUGGUGUCCAACAGUGUCAGUGCCGCGGCCCUGAGCAAGCAACUUUUCAUCGUGCGUGAGCCCUGCCAGCCGCCGCUGCUGCAGAACACGGAGCCUGGGAUGGUCCAGAUAUGGAGGUCUCAGCCCCUGAGACUGGGAGUGACCCUUGAAGCUGCUGUCCUCUGUGACAUUUCCCAAGGCCUUUCUUACACCUGGAGCUUGAUGGGCCCUGAUGGGUCCCCCGUCCCCCUCCCUGCUUCUGUUGACACCCACAGACAGACCCUUGUGCUCCCGAGCUACGCGCUGGAGUCCAGGAACUACACCGCCCUUGCCAAGGUGCAGAUCGAAGGCAGCGUGGUGCAUAGUACCUACCGCGUGGGCGUGGAUGUGCGAGCCAGGGCCCCCGUCAGCGUGAUCUCCGAGGGUACACACCUGUUCAUCCCCAGGACGACUGUGUCCCCCAUCAUCCUCACGGGCUCCCAGUCUUUUGACCCCGAUAAUCCCGGGGCCACUCUCAGGUACCACUGGGAAUGCUCUGCUGCCAGCUCACCUGGGUGUCCCUGCUUUGACAACUCUGCACCACACCAACUGGAUGCCGGGGCUCCCACCAUUUCCUUCCCAGCGCAGUGGCUCAGUGACAGCUAUGACCAGUUCCUUGUGACGCUGACGGUCUCUAGUGGUGGCCGGAACUCAUCUGAGGCCCAGGUGUUCCUGUCCACUCGCUCUGACCCAGCCUUCAGAUUCAUCCACAUCUCCUGGGUGAACUUUAAAGGCAUCUUUGUCAACUGGAAUGAGGAACUUUCUCUUCAAGCUGUGUGUGAAGACUGCGGAGAAACACCAAAUCUCUCUUAUUCCUGGGAUCUCUUUUUAGUCAAUGCAACAGAAAAGGACAGGAUAGAAGCUCCCUUCUGCAGAGCGCUGGAACUGCUGGGCUCCUUGGGGCUCUGGGCCGCUUGGAAGUCAGCACCAUCAGACCCGCCGUCCACUGAGCUGCAGCUGGGACACCCCGAAGUGAAGACCGCACCUUUGUCACGGGGGCCUUCCCCCCACACCCUUGGCCAGCCUGCCCCUUCGGCCACAGGGAGCACCUCCACAGUGUCCAUGGUGGGCGUCCACCAGACUCCUGCUGCUGGCGACUCUGCAGUCCUGGGGGAGGCACACACGGAAGGACCACCAGAGCCAGAGUUGGGGCUUUGGAGUGAGGUAUCCCUGAUGACUGGCCUCUCUGAGAGCAGCUGGCCCCCACACGACCCCUCCCCUCCCCUCUCUGAUUUUGAAGCCUAUUAUAGUGAUAUCCAAGAGGCAAUACCAGCCAAAGGAAGACAGCCAGGGAAUAACACCAGCCUUCCAGGAUCAGAAUCAGGUGCAAGAGCCGAGGAGAGCCCUGGCGACGGGGAUAACCUGCUGGGCCCUUUCCUCUUGGCAGGCAGAGCCGUGCCUACCCUCCUGAUUGACUGGCCCAAGGCCCUGGUCAGCCGAGCCGUUUUCCAAGGCUACACCUCAUCAGGAAUUACAGAACGGGCUGUGACAGUAAAGCCUUACUCACUGAGCAGCGGAGAGACAUAUGUCCUGCAAGCGUCUGUGGCUUCGAAGCACAGCUUACUAGGUAAAGCUCAGCUGUACUUGAGAGUCACCCAAGCUCCACAGGACAUGGCCUGCCAGGUGCAGCCCCACCGUGGUGUGGAGGCGCACACCAUCUUCAGUGUCUUCUGCAUGUCAGGAAAACCGGACUUUCGUUAUGAAUUUAGUUACUGGACAGGAAAUGCCUCCAAACACACCUUGUACCAGGGGAGAGAUGCCCAGUACUAUUUUGCGUUGCCAGCUGGUGAGCCCUUGGACAGUUACAGAGUCAUGGUUUCCAUUGAGAUCACCAAUGGUGAGGGCUCCAAGGUCCAGCCGUGCACUGUGGAGGUGACCGUCCUGCCACAUUACCACGGGAGUGACUGCCUGGAUGAGGAACUAUAUAAUUCCAGCCUGAAAAACCUGUCCACCCUCCAGCUGAUUGGGAGUUACAUGGAAAUCCGGAAUUAUAUCACCAUGAUGACCAGGAUACUGAGUCGUCUGGCUGAGGAGGACAGAAGUGCCUCGUGCGGCCAGUGGUCUCGAAUGCAGGAUGCAUUAAUUUCUUCAGUAUGCAAAUUAGCAUUUGCUGAUCAGGAAGAAAUGGUUGAUUCUGUUCUUAUGUUGAAGGACCUCAUACGCUUCCCUAAUAAGUUGAGCUUCGUGAGUGCAGUCCUCAUCCUCAAGUACGCCCGGACGCUCCUGGCUCAAGGUCAGUUCUUGGGGAGCUUUGUGGUUGACAGAAGACUGAGGCUUGAGCUCAUCCAUCUCAUAUCUGGAGUCUGGGAAGCCUCUGAGCAAGAAAAAUCGAGGAAUGAGGACUAUCUACAAGAACAAGGAGUUAAGCUCAUCUCAGAUUCACUGCUGGGCUGUCUCUCCUUGAGCCAUGAGCGUCAGCUCCACGUUAGCACUGAGUGGAUGGAGAUCUGGACCCUUCUUCACCACAACCAUCAGAACUCCGUGCAGACCCUGGGCCCCAUCCAGGUGCAUUUACCUGGUGACGUCGCCGGGCACAGUACUGCUGGGGUGGAGUUGCAGAGCCCAUGCUUCAUUAGCCAGCUCAUACUCUUCAGGAGGAAUCUGCACCCCAGGGGACGUGCCCACGGGCAGGUUGGUGGAAUUGUUGACCUCACGCUCUACAACUGCUCUAGCCGAAGGCCCAUCAACAGACAGCGGCUAAGGAGACCUGUGACUGUCGAGUUUGGGGAGGAAGACAGCCCAGAUAAUAGGAGAAAUGAAACGACGUUUGUAUUGCUUCGGGAUAAAGUAAAUUUCCAUCAGUUCACUGAGCUUUCUGAAAACCCCCAGGAAUCUCUACAGAUACGAAUCGAAUUUACCAAGCCCUUUGCAAGAGCAUUUCCCAUCAUGCUGCUAGUAAGAUUCUCAGAGAAACCCACUCCCUCUGAUUUUCUUGUGAAACAGAUCUGCUUCUGGGAUGAGCACAUCAUACAAAUGUAUGUUCCUGCUGUUUCACAGAAAGAUGCCAAAGUGGGAUAUUUAUCCUUAUUAGAUGCCGACUAUGACAGAAAACCUUCAAACAAGUACUUAGCUAAGGCAGUGAACUAUACAGUACAGUUCCAGUGGAUCCAAUGUCUGCUUUGGGAUAAGCGAGAGUGGAAGUCUGAAAGCUUCUCUCCACAGCCAGGAACGUCUCCAGAAAAAGUUANUGAAAACUAUGAUCGCCUCGCGACCUUCUCUGUGCUGAGAAGAGAGCUGAAUGCCAGUUUUGAAGUGAGCAACAUUUCCCAGUUUCAAAGUCACCCACAAAACCUGCUUCCUGGUAUUUUUAUUGUGUUUUUUAUGAUUCUUUAUGGAUUCUUGGCUAUGAAAAGUAAACGUGUAGAUCAUCAUGAAAAAAAGAAAACUGGUUACAUUUUUCUGGAGGAAGACCCCCCGGCUGACCACCAGCUGUACGCGGUCGUCAUCGACACAGGCUUCCGGUCCCUGGCCCGGUUGUCCUCAAAGGUUUACAUUAUUUUAUGUGGUGAAAAUGGACUUUCAGAAACCAAAGAACUCUACUGUCCAGAGAAGCCCCUGUUUGAAAGGAAUUCCAGACACACUUUUAUCCUGAGUGCUCCUGACCAGCUGGGCCCACUCCGCAAGAUCCGCAUCUGGCACGACAGCCGUGGGCCUUCCCCGGGCUGGUUCCUCAGCCACGUGAUGGUCAAGGAGUUGCGCACGGGACAGGGCUGGUUCUUCCCUGCCCAGUGCUGGCUGGCUGCGGGCCGGCGGGAUGGCCGUGUGGAGCGAGAGUUCACCUGUCUGCGCCGGGGGCUCGGCUUCUGGAAGCUUUUCUAUUCUAAGUUCACGGAGUACCUGAAGGAUUUCCACGUCUGGCUCUCGGUGUACAGCCGGCCCUCCCCCAGCGGCUACCUGCUCACACAGCGCCUCGCCCUGUCCUUCUCCCUGCUGUGUGUCUACGCGUGUCUCGCCGCUGCAGUCACCGCUGGAACACCAGAGCAGCUUCUGCUGGAUGUUGGCCCCACCAACGUCACUCCUGGAUCUUUUGGGGUGGGUCUCCUGUGUACCCUCCUGGCCUCUCCGGGGGCACAGCUCCUGUCCCUGCUCUUCCGGCUCAGCAAGGACACCUUGGGGCCUUCCGGAGCUGAGCCAUGCUGCCGCCUGUGUGGAGCACAGAUAACCCAGGGCCCUAACUCCCAUAGAAGGAUACCAGAUGCACAGGAGCCAUGCAAGCAGGCUGCAUCAGCCAUUCUCUCUGGGAAUGAUGGGGCCCGGAGGAAGGCAUUGAGCCGUGAUGACAUGGCCUGUCCACCCCCUGAGCUGGGGAUGCGUGGGGCUGACCACAAGGAGGAAAAGAGCCACUGCUGCCCGACCCGUCUACAAGCUCCCAGUGGUGUUUUUGAAGGUCUUAUGUCCUGGUGGCUACAGGCUUGUCUGCCUUGGUCAGGCUCUGCAGCGUGGGCCCUUUGUGGAAUGACUUCCCUGGCCUGUGGUUUGGGGACAGGAGUUCUAGGCUACAGGUUUGGCCCGGCGCAGUGUGUGCAGUGGCUGCACCUGCUAUUCCUCUCUGUGCUCUGCUGUGUCCUUGUCACCCAGCCACUCAUGAUCUGCCUCACAGUGCUGGGUUUUGCUUGGAAAAAAAGAGAUGACAGCCACUUCUUUGCUGAGUCUUUGUGUGCUGCGACCAGGAAUCUGGACUCUGAGCUGGAAGAACGUUCCAAGGCCCAUGGUCCCCCUUCCUCAAGCUGCCACCUUCCUGACUGGGCAGAUGACGCUGAAAAAGUCUUGGCUGCCCGACAACGAGCUCGCCACUUGCGCUGGGCACACCCGCCAUCCACAGCCCAGCUCCAGGUCACCGGGGAGAGGAUGAGGAGGGAGCGCCGCACACGGGCAGCCCUGAGAGACAUCACCACGUACACCCUCAUGCUGCUCCUGCUUUUGUUCAUGAUAUAUGGGAAAUUCUCCCAGGAUGAACAUUCUCUCAAUCAAGCUAUCCGCAAGGAAUUUAUAAGGUAGGAAGGCUGGGGAACUCCUCUAGAUCUGGGCCUUUGCACUAGUUCAUGGCCAGCAUGUGCCCAAGGAGAAGCCCAGAGCUCAGGGUUCUAGGGGGGUGCACAUAACUUUGUUACCCUGAGCAAGCCAGGUCACGUCUCUGUCUUCUAGUACAGACAGAGUGUGGCAGGGGAGCGGCCCUACGCGCCACCUCAUCCACUCCCUCGGUCCAUUUUUCCUGUGCGUGAUUCAGGCCCAAGAAGUGUCCUUGCCACAGUCCCACAUACGAAACACGGGAAAGGUUGUCAAAUUGUCUCGAGGAUGCUAUUUCCCCAGUCUUACUAAGAGGCCUCCAUUCGCAGACUUUGGGCACAUUCUUAGCAUCUUGUUUUGGGUAAAUAGUGAAACAAGGAUAUUUCAAGGCACUUUAAG